UUUCUUAUCGACAAACAAAGCCCCCACCAACCCAACCGAACCGAACCGAACCGGGCAUUUCCCCUCCUUCAAUCUCCAUCUCUCACUUCCCAUUCUCCCCAUCCUCAACUGCACCCACACAAAAUCACAUGGACGACUGCUUCGUCUUCGUCUACUAGUAGUAGUAUUCUCGAUUACUACUAAAUUGAACUUGCAAAACUGUUGAUAAAGUAUACAGGCAGUUUCAGAGGUUAUAGAGAGAGAGAGAAUGGGGACUGGUGCGUCGAGGAACCCGGACAGCAGCUCGCAUGGAGGCGAGGAGAGAGAAGGAGAAAACCUAGACCAAGCAGGCGGCGGGCAGCUCUACGUCUCUCUCAAAAUGGUGAAUUACAAGCUCCAAGCCGCCGACGACGUCUCCCCCCACGUCUACGGCUCUGCCCCUCUCGUCGGUUCCUGGGACCCCUCCAAAGCUCUCUCAAUGGAACGCGAGUCGAACUCAAUGUGGGAACUCAGCUUCGUCGUCCCACCUAAUCACGAAACAUUGGAUUUCAAAUUCCUUUUGAAGCCGAAGUACAGUAAUGCGCCGUGCGUAGUUGAGGAGGGGCCAAACCGGCAGCUCACCGGGGGGACCUUGCAAGGUGAUGCGAGGUCGGCGUUGUUUAGGCUGAACGGCGACGAGGUUUUCGAGUAUCAGGUGUUCAUUCAGGCGGACAGGGUUUCGCCGUUUGAUCUUGCGGCUAGUUGGAGAGCGUAUCAUGAGAACCUUCAGCCUUCUACUGUUCGGGGAAUUCCUGAUGUUAGUAUAAAUUCAGCCCCAGAAACAGGUGCUGAGAAUGGCUCUUCAGUGAGUUUGGAGCUUGAUCUUGAGCAUUAUGUUGUCCCUGCUCCAGCAGCAUCAAGUUUGAUUUAUGCUGCUAACAUGACAGAAACUCCAAGGUCAUUAACCCAUGCCGGGGUGUUUUCCAAGCAUGAGAGUUCAACCAGCGGUUUGCAGUCCCACAAGGAUGGUGGAGUUCUUAGUGACCGACCUGCGGCUAUAAAGGAGAUGGAGGUCAUGGUACCAGAUCCGUCCAAUGUGUAUUCAGGUACCGGCAUGGUCGAAUCAAAGUCAGUGGGCACAUUUUCACCUUUCCAAAAGCAAGAUAGUCACAGGGGGCUCUUUGUGGAUAGGGGUGUUGGAUCUCCUAGGCUAGUUAAAUCCGCUAGUGCAACGACUUUCAGCACUGAUCUCAAACUAGAUUCAGAAGCCAAGAAUGCAAUGCCAGCAGCUGCUGGAGCUGUUGCCGCUGCAGCUGUGGCUGAUCAACUGCUUGGACCAAAGGAGGAUAGACAUCUGGCAAUUGUCCUGGUCGGCUUGCCAGCUCGAGGGAAGACUUUCACUGCCGCUAAGCUCACACGAUAUCUUCGCUGGUUGGGUCAUGACACCAAACAUUUCAAUGUUGGAAAGUAUCGACGCCUCAAGCAUGGAGCUAACCAGGCAGCUGAUUUUUUCCGAGGCGACAAUCCAGAAGGCAAGGAGGCAAGAAACGAGGUAGCAGCCCUGGCCAUGGAUGAUAUGAUAGCUUGGAUGCAAGAAGGUGGCCAGGUGGGAAUAUUUGAUGCCACAAACAGCACAAGGGAACGAAGGAAUAUGCUGAUGAAAAUGGCUGAAGGAAAAUGCAAGAUUAUUUUUUUGGAGACAAUAUGCAAUGAUGAACGGAUUAUUGAAAGAAACAUACGGCUUAAAAUUCAACAAAGCCCUGACUAUGCUGAAGAGCCAGAUUAUGAAGCUGGAUAUCAAGACUUCAAAAUGCGGCUAGAUAACUAUGAGAAAGUUUAUGAGCCAGUUCAAGAAGGAUCAUACAUCAAAAUGAUUGAUAUGGUCAGUGGCCAAGGUGGACAAAUACAAGUGAACAACAUCAGUGGCUAUCUUCCAGGAAGGAUUGUCUUCUUCUUGGUGAACACGCAUCUCACACCCCGUCCAAUUUUACUUACGAGGCAUGGAGAAAGUCGAGAUAACGUUAGAGGAAGAAUUGGUGGUGACUCUGGUGUGAGUGAUACAGGAGAGAUUUAUGCAAAGAAACUUGCUAACUUUGUGGAAAAGCGGCUAAAAAAUGAGCGGGCUGCUUCUAUAUGGACUAGCACAUUGCAGAGAACUAUUAUGACAGCUAGUUCAAUUGUUGGAUUUCCAAAGAUACAAUGGCGUGCUCUUGAUGAGAUAAAUGCUGGAGUAUGUGAUGGAAUGACAUAUGAAGAAAUAAAGAAGAACAUGCCCGAAGAGUACGAUUCGCGUAAGAAGGACAAGUUGAGGUAUCGAUAUCCUCGUGGAGAAUCUUAUCUGGAUGUAAUCCAAAGGCUAGAGCCUGUUAUCAUCGAGCUUGAACGACAGCGUGCCCCUGUUGUGGUGAUAUCCCACCAGGCGGUAUUGCGAGCAUUAUAUGCUUAUUUUGCUGAUAGGCCUUUAAAAGAAAUUCCGCAUAUCGAGAUGCCGCUCCACACAAUCAUAGAGAUACAAAUGGGAGUUACCGGUGUGCAAGAGAAAAGAUACAAACUCAUGGAUUGAACUUGCUUUAAGAUCCUAAGUUGCAUGCUCGGCUAAGGCAAUUCUUGGGUCAGAGAGAGCCAGCAGAGCAGGGAAGUCACGAGCUUCAACUUGAAGCAUUGAUCCCUUUUUUUUACUCAAUACAUGCAGGAAGAAAAGAUGUAACCUCAAAAACCAAAAGCCCCAUUAGACUUGUCUUGAAAUAAAACAAACACUCCAAGUAUUAAAUCCUAUUUCUUGAGAUUAUUUAUCCAACACAUCUCCGGCUUUGAUA